AUGAACGUGAUCGACAAAUGUUGGAGAGCCAAUCCCAAUUGGCGGAACCACAGGCAUCAACUAGCGACGUGCUCAGUUGGGUAUGCUGGAAAAAUGAUUGAAAACAUAGGCCAAGGAGUGACGAAGUACAAAGUCACGGAUCCUAGUGACGACCCAUUGGACCCGAAACCCGGAACCCUGAGAUAUGCCAUGACUAGCAUUAAGGGGAAGGUUUGGAUCACAUUCCAAAGGGACAUGAAGAUUAAACUUGGGAAACCCCUUCUUGUUAGCAGCUUCACUACCAUUGAUGGAAGAGGUGUUAACGUUCACAUUGCAAGUGGUGCUUGCCUACUUCUUCGAAGGGUUACCAAUGUGAUCAUCCACGGCCUCCGAAUCCACGACUGCAAAGCGCAGGGUCCAGGGCAGGUGAUGGGGCCUAAUCGGGAAAUCUUGGAGCUCAGCCCGGUUGAUGGCGAUGCAAUCAGAAUGGUAACCUCAUCAAAGAUAUGGAUAGACCACAACACACUGUAUGACUGCCAGGAUGGCCUAAUUGACGUCACAAGGGGUUCCACAGGCAUUACAAUAUCAAACAAUUGGUUUAGGAACCAAAACAAGGUUAUGCUCUUAGGACACGAUGAUGGUUACUUGAGGGACAAAGAUAUGAAGGUCACUGUUGCAUUCAACCAUUUUGGUCCGAAUUGCCAUCAAAGAAUGCCGAGAGUUCGAUUUGGCUAUGCACAUGUUGUUAACAAUCUGUACCAAGGAUGGGGAUUGUAUGCAAUUGGAGGAAGCAUGAACCCUAGCAUAAAGAGCCAAGCAAAUCUCUUUAUUGCACCAAAAGGAGAGAAGAAAGAGAUCACAUGGAGGAAAGGAAAUCUGGGGAUGUCUUGGAAUUUCCAAUCUGUUGAAGAUGUAUUUGAGAAUGGAGCCUCUUUUAGCCAAUCUGGUUAUGGUGGAAUUGCAGUUAAGCCAAAAUAUUCAUCUGAUCAAGUAUUUCAAGUAGCAGAUGCAACAACUGUCAGGUCCUUAACAAAAUCUGCUGGUGCUUUGAAAUGUCCAAAACAGUCGAUAUGCUAA